ACCUCCGGGAGGUCCCCUGGAGGGCAGCGGCCGGCGGGAGGUGCGGUGGGAGGCGCGGCGGGAGGCUGCGCGUGGCGGAGGGUGGACGGAAACACCCGCUGCCUCGUGACCAGUCGAUGCCUGGUGGGUGCGCAUCGCGGCUCCUGCCCCAGCCAGUGAGGUUUUGGGGGUGGUGUUGGGGGGGCGGUGCGGGUCUCCUGGGUGCAGACGUCACUCCUACCGCAUCGGCAAAGCUGGUCUGCACUCAGUGGGGACGAGGACGAAGGAAAUGGGCACCCCCCGAAACCCCAUCCAUAUUUUCUCAAACGUUAACAUAUAGUAAUAGCGAACAUUUAUCGAGUAUGGACCGCACACCGAGCCCUGAGCUGAGCGCUUCCCCUCCCGCAUCUCACUGAAUCCUCCCGGCAUCGCUCUGGGGGAAACACUGCUCUGUGCCCCUUUUCCAGACGAGGAAACGGGCUCAGAGAGGAGCUGAUUCCCGAGGAAUCGGACACUGUGCUACGACGACACUCUUCUUCCCGUCACUGUUUAUCUUAAACUGGAGGACUUGGCGGCCUGACCCUGGGCCUGGCUCUCGAGGAGUCCCCCAGCUGGACUGAGGGGAGACUGGAAACAACCCCUCCUAGGCUGGGGGGAGUCCGCAGGGCGUGGGGUCACUCGUGCGGGUAGGUGUGGGACGCAUGAAUCUUGGCCUGCUAAAGAGAGAUCAUCAGGACGAUGAAAUCAAUAAUAAUGAUUUUAUUUUUGUUUUUGUCAUAUUUUGUUAUUUUUUCAUGCCUGCAUUAAGGGCUAGGUGCUGUGGGGAUGUCACAACCUUCUUUUCAUGGCAAUGCUCUCUGCAUCUUCAUUUUCCGAUGGGAAAACUGAGGCCCGAUGUGGCUAAGUGAUUUGCCUGAGUUGACACGGAGAGAGCCAAGAUUCGUCCCUGGUCUGUCUGACCUGCCUGCCUGGUGAUUUGGGGAAGGGGGGUGCAAAGCAGGUUUUUAUAUUAAUGCAAGUUUGUCCAAUAAAGGGGUUCAUUGUUCAUGGCAGAUCUAACAGGUGUGAACGUGUACCCCAACUCCAUCAAACAGAUGUAGAAACAGGCUCAGGGAGGGGAAUUGGAUGCCUAAAGUCACACAGUGAGGGGGUUCUAGAAUUUUCCCCUCAGGCCUAAUGUUUGGGGGCUCAUGGCCUAUCUCUUUCUAGCCAAGCCAGCUGUCAAAAGCAUGUCUCUGUGCCACUGGGGUGCCACCACCAGGGACAGCAGGCCUGAUGGCAAUGGAGCUCAGCCCAUGGCCACCAGGGGAGGCCUGAAGGUCCUUCUGCACUGGGCUGGCCCUGGCGGCGGGGACCCCUGGGUCACCUUCAGCGAGGCCACACUGACCGCAGAGGAGGUCUGCAUCCACAUUGCACAAAAAGUCGGCAUCACUCCAUCCUGCCUCAAUCUCUUCGCUCUCUUCGAUGCCCAGGCCCAAGUCUGGCUGCCCCCAAACCAUGUCUUGGAGAUCCCCAGAGACAUGAGCCUGACACUGUACUUCCGCAUGAGGUUUUAUUUCCGGAACUGGCAUGGCACAAACCCCCAGGAGCCGGCUGUGUACCGCUGUGGGCCUCCAGGGCCCAAGUCUUCCUCUGAACAGGCAGAGCAGGGCAUGCAACUACUGGACCCGGCCUCCUUUGAGUACCUCUUUGAGCAGGGCAAGCAUGAGUUUGUGAAUGACGUAGCAUCGCUGUGGGAGCUGUCCAGCGAGGAGGAGAUCCACCAUUUUAAGAACGAGAGUCUGGGCAUGGCCUUUCUGCACCUGUGCCACCUUGCCCUGUGCCGUGGCGUCCCCCUGGAGAAGGUGGCCAAGAAGAUCAGCUUCAAGGACUGCAUCCCUCGCUCCUUCCGGCUGCAGAUCCGGCGGCACAAUGCGCUGACCCGACUGCGCCUGCGGAACAUCUUCCGCAGGUUCGUGCGGGCCUUCCAGCCGGGCCACAUCUCGCAGCAGGUCAUCAUGGUCAAAUACCUGGCCACACUCGAGCAGCUGGCACCCCGCUUUGGCACGGAGCGCCUGCCCGUGUGCCACCUGGAGCUACUGGCCCAGGCCGUGGGGGAGCCUUACUACCUCCGGGACGCCGGGCAGGCUCCCCCAGAGCCUGGGCCGGAGUUGGCCACCGGACCACCCACUCACGAGGUGCUGGUGACGGGCACAGGUGGCAUCCAGUGGCGGCCGGUGCGGGCAGAGGGUCCCAGAGGCGAUGGCAGCAGCAGGAAUCCCCAUGCUGGCCCAUUUGGGAAGAGAACCAAGGCCCCAGCAGCGGGCGACCAGCCAGCAGACAGGCCUCAGGAAGCGCUGUGGACCUACUUCUGUGACUUCCAGGACAUCACACACGUGGUGCUGAAGGAAUGCCACGUCAGCGUCCACUGUCAGGACAACAAGAGCCUGGAGCUGACCCUGCCUUCCCGGGCCAUGGCCCUGUCCUUGGUGUCACUGGUGGAUGGCUAUUUCCGCCUGACCGCAGACUCGAGCCACUACCUGUGCCACGAGGUGGCUCCGCCACGGCUGGUGAUGAGCAUCCAGGACGGGAUCCACGGACCCCUGCUGGAGCCAUUUGUGCUGGCCAAGCUGCGGCCCGAGGAUGGCCUCUACCUCAUCCACUGGAGCACCAGCCACCUCAACCGCCUCAUCCUCACGGUGGCGCAGAGAGAGCAAGCCCCAGGCAAACAGCACGUGCACCUGCGCAAAUUCCCCAUUGAGCUGCAGGCCGGGGUCUUCACACUGGAGGGCUGGGACCGGUCCUUCCCCAGCGUGCGGGAGCUGCGAGCCGCCCUGCAGGGUUGCUGCCUGCGGGCUGGGGAUGACUGCUUCGCCCUGCGCCGCUGUUGCCUGCCACGGCCCGGAGAGAUCUCCAACCUCAUCAUCAUGCGGGGGUCUCGGGCCAGCACCGCUCCGCCCAACCUCAGCCAGCUCAGCUUCCACCGGAUCAGCCAGGAUGACAUCACCCAGCUGUCCCACUUGGGCCAAGGCACGAGGACCAACGUGUACGAGGGCAUCUUACGAGUGGGAGGCAGAGGCCCCAAGGAGGACACGGCAGACAGUGAGGAACCCCCUACGCCCAGUGGGGACUGUGGGCAAGAGCUCCGAGUGAUACUCAAGGUGCUGGACCCCAGUCACCACGACAUCGCCCUGGCCUUCUACGAGACAGCCAGUCUCAUGAGCCAGGUCUCCCACGUGCACCUGGCCUUUGUACACGGCAUCUGCGUGCAUGGCUCUGAGAACAUCAUGGUGGCAGAGUACGUGGAGCACGGGCCCCUGGACGUGUGGCUGCGGCGAGAGAAGGGCCACGUGCCUGUGGCCUGGAAGGUGGUGGUGGCCCAGCAGCUGGCCAGUGCCCUCAGCUACCUGGAAGACAAGAGCCUGAUUCAUGGUAAUGUGUGUGGCCGGAAUAUCCUGCUGGCACGGCUGGGGCUGACAGAGGGCACCAGCCCCUUCAUCAAGCUGAGCGACCCCGGUGUGGGCCUGGGUGCCCUUUCCAGGGAGGAGCGGGUGGAGCGGAUCCCCUGGACAGCCCCUGAGUGCCUCUCUGGCGGAGCCAACAGUCUGACCACUGCGGCCGAUAAAUGGGGCUUUGGUGCCACCCUCCUGGAGAUCUGCUUCGAUGGGGAGGCCCCUCUGCAGGGCCGUGGCCCCUCCGAGAAAGAGUGCUUCUACCAGAAGCAGCACCAGCUUCCUCAGCCCUCCUGCCCGGAGCUGGCCAUACUCACCAGCCAGUGCCUGACCUAUGAACCAGCUCAGCGGCCCUCCUUCCGCACCAUCCUGCGGGACCUCACUCAGCUGCAGCCCCAGAAUCUUGCUGACGUCUUGGCUGUGAACCCUGACUCACCUGCGUCAGACCCCACCGUGUUCCACAAGCGCUAUUUGAAAAAGAUCCGAGAUCUGGGCGAGGGCCAUUUCGGCAAGGUCAGUCUGUACUGCUACGACCCCACGAACGACGGCACCGGCGAGAUGGUGGCCGUGAAGGCCCUCAAGGCGAACUGCGACCCCCAGCUCCGCACCAGCUGGCGGCGGGAGAUCGACAUCCUGCGCACGCUGUACCACAAGCACAUUGUCAAGUACAAGGGCUGCUGCGAGGACGCAGGAGAGAAGUCGGUACCGCUGGUCAUGGAGUAUGUGCCUCUGGGAAGCCUGCGAGACUACCUGCCCCGGCACAGCGUGGGGCUGGCGCAGCUGCUGCUCUUCGCCCAGCAGAUCUGUGAGGGCAUGGCCUACCUCCACACACAGCACUACGUGCACCGAGACCUGGCCGCCCGCAACGUGCUGCUGGACAACGACAGGCUGGUCAAAAUCGGGGACUUUGGCCUAGCCAAGGCUGUGCCCGAAGGCCAUGAGUACUACCGCGUGCGCGAGGAUGGGGACAGCCCCGUAUUCUGGUAUGCCCCAGAGUGCCUGAAGGAGUGUAAGUUCUACUAUGCCUCCGAUGUCUGGUCCUUCGGGGUCACCAUGUACGAGCUGCUGACCUACUGUGACUCCAGCCAGAGCCCCCCCUCGAAAUUCAUGGAGCUCAUAGGCCUCACCCAGGGGCAGAUGACGGUGCUGAGGCUCACUGAGCUGCUGGAACGCGGGGAGAGGCUGCCCCGGCCGGAGAGAUGUCCUUGUGAGAUCUAUCUCCUCAUGAAGAACUGCUGGGAGGCGGAGGCCUCAUUCCGCCCCACCUUCCAGAACCUCAUACCCAUUCUCAAGACAGUCCAGGAGAAAUACCAAGGCCAGGCUGCCUCAGUGUUCAAUGUGUGCUGAAGCCUAGCAGUGGCUCUCGGGGGACCGGAGCAGGCGCCCACCCAGAGGGCCUUCCGGGUCCCAGAGGAACCUGACAAGGAGAGGCCUGCCUCACCGUUCCCAGUGCCUUACUCCUGACCGGAGCCGCCACGUCUGUGAAUGGACUUUCCUUCUGUCUUACUCCCUUGGGUUGCUGUAGCAGUCUUACGGAUGGGAUGGCUUAUAAACAGAAAUUUAUUUCUCACAGUUCUGGAGGUUGGGAAGUCCAAAACCAAGGUGCCAGCACGGUCACAUUUUGGUGAAGGCCCUCUUCUUGUUUCACAGCCAACACCUUCUGGCUGGGUCCCUACAGGGUCGGGGGGGCGGGGGACGCUGGGGAUCUCACUGGAGUCCCUCUUAUAAGGACACUUAAGCCCAAGGACACCAUCAUGAUUUAGCACCUGCCAGAGGCCCACCUCCUGAUACCGUCAUAUCAGGCAUUGGGAUUUCAAUGUGAGAAUUUUGAGGGGACGCAAGCCUUCAAACUGUCACACCCUCCAUGGUUAUGAUCCUGGUGCAGGCCCCUGAGGGACCCAGGACAAGCAAGGACCUAAUCAGGCCCUUGAAUCCAAUCUUCUGGCCUCCCCACUCCCAGCCUUAGUUAGGGCCCGGCAUUUCCACUAGCUGGUAAUAAACUCAUAUUUUCUCUGCUGGAGGCCGUGUUCCUUGGGCCCUUCUUCAGCCGGUGUUUGCUGUCCUGGGCUUUGCAGCUGGAGCAGGAUGCUGCAGAGGAAGGCAGACAUAUCUCUGACCUUUGCUUCCACCAAAUCCCCAGCUAGCAGGCCAGUGCCUGGAGCACAGAAGGCUCGUGGGAGCUACUCGCAUAGAGAUCAACAAAGAAUGCAGGGCUUGGAGGGGCCCUGCACCAGGUAGAUAAGCCUUCCGGGUUCACGCUUUCCUCCCUGUGUGACUUCAGGCAAAUGGCUCUCCCUCUCUGGGCCUUAGCUCUAAGCUCUGACUGGGCAUUGUCAUGCUGGCUACCUCGGGGGACUCACAGAAAUAGUUAAUGGGGUUCUUUAAGUCAGACGCUUAGUGGACAGAUAUGCAAACAAUGUACUUAAUAAACAUUUUAUAUUCUUGUUAA